UUGCGGCGAAAAGCAUUGCUGUCCUAACGGAACGUAGCGGAUAGAUGCGAACAUUAUAAUGGCUGCAGGAGAUCAGGACAACUUUCAGCAGCUGAUGGGCUCGCUCCUGUCUACGGACAAUGAAGUUCGUACGCAGGCAGAGGAGGUUUACAGUGGAUUGCCAUGUGAAACAAAGGUGCCGCACCUGCUCAGCACGGUACAGAACCCACAGAUGGCGGAAGAUGCCCGGAUGUUGGCGGCCGUACUGCUGCGGCGACUGUUUUCCUCCGAGUUUCACGAAUUUUACGAACUCCUGCCACCGGAAGCGAAGGAGCAGCUGAAGCAACAGAUUCUGCUGACGCUGCAGCAGAACGAGUCGGGCAGCAUGCGAAGAAAGAUCUGCGAGAUGGUGGCCGAGGUGGCACGGUGCAUGAUCGACGAGGAUGGUAACAACCAGUGGCCAGAGUUUCUGCAGUUCCUGUUCCACUGUCACAACAGUGGGAACGUGCAGCUGCAGGAAGCGGCUCUCCGCAUAUUCGCCUCCGUGCCCGGUAUCUUUGGCAACCAGCAGGCCCAACAUUUGCCGCUGAUUAAGCAAAUGUUUAUCAAAUAUCUGGACCCCAACUCGAAUCAGGAGGUACGCUUCCAGGCCGUUCGUGCGUAUGGUGCGUUUGUGCUGCUGCACGACAAGGAGGAGGACGUGAAGCGCCAGUUUGCCGAUCUGCUACCGCAGGUUAUUAUGAUUACGGCGGAAAGUAUCGAGCUGGGUGAUCCGCAGAAUCUGAUGCAGUUGCUGAUCGAUAUGGCCGAGGGUGUGCCAAAGUUCUUCCGGCCGCAGCUGGAACCGAUCUUUGAGCUGUGCAUGAAGGUGUUCAGCACGGUCGACAUGGAGGACAACCUGCGUCAUCUGGCGCUGGAGAUGAUGGUUUCGCUGGCAGAGAAUGCGUCGUCGAUGGUGCGAAAACGGGCGGAAAAGUAUGUGGCAGCGCUGGUGCCGCUGAUACUGCAGAUGAUGACCGACCUGGAGGAUGACGACGAGUGGUCCGUGUCGGACAAGAUUACGGAGGACGACACGAGCGACAACAAUGUUAUCGCCGAGUCGGCCCUCGAUCGAUUGGCCUGUGGGCUCGGUGGCAAGACGAUUCUGCCGCACAUCGUAAACAACAUUCCAAACAUGCUGAACAGCCCGGACUGGAAGCAGCGACAUGCCGCACUGAUGGCAAUAUCGGCCGCUGGCGAAGGCUGCCAAAAGCAGAUGGAGGCAAUGCUGGAGGACAUCAUGCAGGGUGUGCUGAAGUAUCUGAUCGAUCCGCAUCCGCGCGUACGGUACGCGGCUUGUAACGCGAUCGGUCAGAUGGCGACCGAUUUUGCGCCCAUUUUCGAGAAAAAGUUCCACGAACAGGUCAUACCGGGUUUGUUGAAUCUGCUGGAUGACGUGGAAAAUCCGCGCGUACAGGCGCAUGCCGGUGCGGCACUGGUGAACUUCAGCGAGGACUGCCCGAAGAACAUUCUAACGCGCUACCUGGACGCCAUUAUGGCGAAGCUGGAGAUGAUUUUGACCACCAAGUUUAAGGAGCUGGUUGAAAAGGGUACGAAACUGGUGCUGGAACAGGUCGUGACGACAAUUGCUUCGGUAGCGGACACCACGGAGAAGGACUUUGUCGUGUACUACGAUCGAUUGAUGCCGUCGUUGAAGUACAUUAUCAAGAAUGGAAACACGGACGAGCUGAAGCUGCUGCGCGGUAAAACAAUCGAAUGUGUCAGCCUGAUCGGUUUGGCGGUCGGGGCGGAGAAGUUCAUGUCGGACGCAUCGGACGUGAUGGAUAUGUUGCUGAAAACACACACCGAGGGUGAUCUGCCGGAUGAUGAUCCGCAAACGUCCUACCUGAUAUCGGCCUGGGCACGUAUCUGUAAAAUUCUUGGCAAGCAGUUCGAACAAUUCCUACCACUGGUGAUGGGGCCCGUCAUGCGGACAGCAUCCAUGAAGCCGGAAGUGGCACUGCUAGACAACGACGAAAUGCAGGGUGUGGAAAACGAUAGCAACUGGCAGUUCGUAAAUCUGGGCGAACAGCAAAACUUUGUCAUUCGUACCGCUGGCCUAGAGGAUAAAGCGUCCGCCUGCGAAAUGUUGGUGUGUUACGCACGUGAACUGAAGGAUGGAUUUGCGAACUACGCCGAAGAGGUCGUCCGGUUGAUGGUGCCGAUGUUAAAGUUUUACUUCCACGAUGGUGUACGUACGGCGGCGGCCGAGUCACUUCCUUAUCUACUGGACUGCGCCAAGAUUAAGGGACCGAAGUAUCUCGAGGGCAUGUGGCUGUACAUCUGUCCGGAUCUGCUGAAGGCGAUCGACUCCGAACCUGAAGCGGACGUACUGACCGAGUUGCUCCAUUCGUUGGCCCGCUGUAUCGAGACGCUCGGUGCCGCCUGUCUGUCGAACGAAGCGAUGGAGGAGGUGCUGAGGAUUAUUGACAAAUUUAUGAAGCAACACUUUGAAAAGGAGGAAAAGCGUGCCCAGGCCCGGAAGGAGGAAGAUUAUGAUGAUGGUGUGGAGGAGCAGCUGGCGGAGGAGGACGAUGCGGACAUUUACAUGUUGUCGCGCAUUUCGGACAUUAUCCAUUCGCUGUUCUUGACGUACAAGGAUGCGUUUCUGCCAUCGUUCCAGCGCUUGGUGCCACACUUUGUAAAGCUGCUGCAGGCGACGAACCCCUGGGCGGAUCGACAAUGGGGAUUGUGCAUAUUCGACGAUCUCAUUGAAUACACUGGCCCAUUGUGCGUUCAGUAUCAGCCCUACUUCCUGCAACCUAUGCUUGAGUACAUUAAGGAUGAGCAACCGGAAGUGCGACAGGCAGCUGCUUAUGGGUGUGGUGUACUGGGACAGUUCGGUGGCGAACAGUUCGCCGUUACCUGUGCCCAGGCCAUCUCACUGUUGGUGGAAGUGAUUAUGGCUCCAGACAGCCGUGAACCGGAGAAUGUGAACCCAACGGAAAACGCUAUCUCAGCCGUGACGAAGAUAUUGAAGUAUAACAACACAGCGAUCACCAAUCCGGACGAAAUCAUUGCAUUAUGGUUCAGCUGGUUGCCCGUAGGCGAGGACGAAGAUGAAGCCGUGUACGUGUACGGAUAUUUGUGCGACCUAAUUCAGGCUAACCAUCCGGUCAUACUCGGCGAAAACAAUGGCAACCUACCCCGCAUCGUGUCCAUCAUCGCAUCCUGCUUCUAUCGGGAAGCGGUAACGGUGCCCCAUCCCGAAGCCGAACGUAUGCUCUCGAUUGUGAAGCAGAUCGAGGGCAAUCCGGAUCUAUUCCAGGCGUGCAUUAACACACUGACCGCUGAACAGAAGGCGGCUCUCGAGGGUGCGUAUCGGGCGGCGGCGGCAGCAGCAGCAGCAGCUACGGCGGCAACUGCGGUGACGCAGUAA